AUGUCCCUCUAUUUUGAUGCGGUCGCUAUUUUGACCGCGCCCUCCUCGGGCGGCUCGUUCAAGUCCCGGAUUUACAGUGCUCGGAACCUGCGCGCAUCCCCAGCACAGCUCUAUGCGCUGAUCACCGAGGCUGCUAAAUGGGACACCGUGCUGGCAGAUGUCAUUGACAAAUCCGGCAUUCUCGCUUUGGAGCGCAAGCUCUCUCCACUCCUCGCUCUUCUCCUCGUUCAUGAUCAUCUACUCGCGAAAAAAGGCAUUGCCGCGCCGGUUACCCACACACUCCGCCAGACUGUGGAGCGUCAUAAGGCCAGGCUCAAGGCCGAGUUCACUAAGGCCCGGGUCCGUCGCGGGUGCGCCUCCGUCGAGCAAUUCAAGGCUGUUGUUAUUCGUGAGAAACGACUGGCUGAUGGAACCAGCCAUUUCGUUUACCCGCGCUGGGUGCGCAUCAAUAACAUCCGCACUACCCUUGAAGACCAACUGAGCACUACGUUCAAGUCUUACCGUCGGGUAGAUAGUCUUGCAGAAUUGGCCCCAGAAGACGAGCUGGAAAGCCGAAAGCCAGAGCCGAGAUUGUUCAUUGAUCCUAACAUCCCGGAUUUGGUGGCGGUGCCUUUCGGCGCAGACUUCACUGCCUCACCGGCUUACAAAAAUGGAGAAAUCAUUCUCCAGGAUAAAGCGUCCUGCUUCCCAGCAUAUCUCUUGUUGGGUGACCGUGGGCCUAACGAUGCAUGGGAGGGCGAUUUGGUUGAUGGCUGUGCUGCCCCGGGGAACAAGACCACGCACUUGGCGUCGCUUCUGGCCAAACAACAAAAGGGUAGCAAGAAUAGAAACCAGAGAAUCUUUUCUAUGGAUGCUUCUACCAUGCGGUCCAGAACGCUGCAGAAAAUGGUUGGUUUGGCCGGUGCUGACUCGGUCACUGUGCUGCAAGGUCAGGAUUUCCUCGCCCUUGACCCGGAAGAUGAACAGUUUGAGAAGGUCACUGGGUUACUGUUGGAUCCUAGUUGUUCUGGUAGCGGAAUCAUCGGCCGUGACGAUGUUCCUCAAUUUACACUCCCUGCACCGGCGGCAUACAGGGCGCCCAAAUCUCAUGGAAAGAAGAGGAAGCGCCCGGACGACGACGAAGCAGGUGGCGAGCAGUCGAAAGCCACCAUGGGAACUCCGCAGGCAGAGCCCACAGAUGAGAAUGAUAUCCCGGAUGGGACGAUCGACCCGGAGCGACUGACUAAACUAUCAAGCAUCCAAGCACGGAUCGUUGAACACGCGCUGCGUUUCCCGAAUGCUACCCAUGUGACGUAUAGUACUUGUUCUAUCCACCUGAUUGAGAAUGAGGGCGUCGUGGCUCGCAUUAUGAAUUCGCAGGUCGCCAAGGAGCGCGGCUGGCGCCUCCUGCGGCGCGAUGAGCAACCCGAUGGAUUGCGUCGAUGGAAGAAACGAGGUGUGCGCGAGGAGCUGCCAGCCGAGGGAGAGACAGGGCCAUCGGGCACGGUAGAUCUCUCCGACGAGGCACUAGAAGCGUGCAUCCGGUCCUGGCAAGGUGACGCAGAGGGUCUGGGAGGAUUUUUUGUCGCUGGAUUCAUUCGUGACCCUAGUCUUGCUGUCAUUGCCGCUCCGGCGAAGGAGCGUGGAAAUGACGAGCACGAUGGGCACGGCGAGAGCGAUGUGAGCGACGAAGAUGAAAAAGAUGCAGACGAUGAAGAAUGGGGAGGAUUCUCUGAUUAG